ACGCAAAAGAUGCUUGCACAACAGGGGAUUCAAGUAGAGGCAACGGGCGGGGACGUUCAGAGCGUUAAUAUAUCAGCUUUGCACGGAACCAAUCUAGAUAUCUUGACAGAAUCUAUAGUAUUACAAGCUGAACUCGUGGGAUUAAAGGGUGACCCGACAGGGUUAGUCGAAGCUAUCGUAAUCGAGUGUUCUACUGAUCAUUAUCGUGGCAAAUUAGCGACAGCUUUAAUUCAACGUGGCACUCUGAGGAAGGGUGCAUUUCUUGAAUAUACUAUCAAAGUUUGUAUGGAAAAUCCGGAGACACUCACAACAUAAUAUAUAAGCUCUUUGACGAUGUUAAAAAGGAGAUAAACAAGAGACUUCCAUUGGUUGAUGCCGAAGAAGUGAUAGGUAUGAGAGAAGUAAAGAAAUCAAUUUCUAUUUCAGAAAAAUAUCUGAAUUCCCUGUUGCGCAAGCAUCUUUUGCGUUCUUGUCUGAAAACAUACAUUACAUACUAUGUUGCUCUAUUUUUAAUGAUUCUAUUGUACAUUUAAUUUCACAAAAUAAGUGUUCAAAAAUAUCAGAUUUUUUUAUG